AAAACCCUAGCAGGGGUAAAACCGAAAAGGUGCUCUCUUUCGUGUGCGCUGCGCUUUGUUCGUCUCCUGUGCGCUGUGCCCCAUCACCGGCUAUCUCGCCGUCGGCGACGGGAGGACGCGGCAAGCGGUACGGAGGUCUUAACGCGUCGAGAGACGGCCUUCUCCUCCUUCUUGCCCUCUACAGGUUCUUCUUGAGCUUGCAAGAUCAAUCUUCCCACGGUACCCGAUCCCCCCGCGUCAAGUCCGCCCCAGCUGUAAUGUUGAGGAAUGCUUCUUUAAGAUUCUUGCGAGAUGGGGGCUGCCAGGUGUCGUCCCAAGUACUUCCAGUUGGGUAUCCAGAGAAUGUUCUCCCUUUGAUUCGGAAGUUUUGCUCAGCGCCCAUUGAGAGGCUCACCAACAGCAAAGUUGAUGGCGAGUUCCCAGAUCAGGAUGCAUCUGAUCUGCCCCAUGACAUCUCUGAUUGUGAUAGUGAUCCCAGUCAUGGUGAUGGUACCAUCCAUGCUAUGACGAAAGAAUUCAGGAAACAAGAACCCAAGGAACUACAUGAAACAGAAGCUAAUGGUUCAGCACCUUGGGCUUCUCGAAAGGGUCGCUUUCAUGACAAAAAAUUGCCAGGCAGAGACUUCCAGCCUUAUCUUUUCCAGAUUGUAUUGGACACUCCUAGGAAUGUUCUUAGAGAUGUGCUUGAUAAAUGGAUUGAAGAUGGUAACCGUCUGGAAAGAAAUGAAGUCUUGCUGGUUUUGUUCCAUCUCAGGAAGCAGCGUCUGUACCAAAAGGCUUUGCAGUUCAUGGAGUGGAUUGAAAGAGGAAAACUACUAAAUUUUGAAGAACGUGAUUAUGCUUGUCAUCUUGAUUUGAUUGCACGGAACCGUGGUAUUGAAGCUGCACAAAAAUACAUCGAGAGGAUCCCGAAACCCUUCAGGAAUGAGGUGCUCUAUGAAACUCUACUUGUUAACUGUGUGUGUUUGACUAAUGUCCAGAAGGCAGAAGAAGUCUUUAAGGAAAUAAGGGACCUCUCUUUACCUUUAACUAUCUCUGCUUGCAACCAAAUGAUAUUGCUAUACAAGAGGGUUGCUCGCAGUAAGGUAGUUGACAUUCUCAUGCUGAUGGAAAAGGAAAAUAUACAGCUUUCUCCCUUUACAUACAAGCUCUUGGUUGACUUGAAAGGGCGGUCAAACGACACAUUAGGCAUGGAGUCAGUCUUAAAUAUGAUGAAGGACAAUGGUGUUGAGCCAGAUUUUACCACCCAGACGAUGGUUGCUAAAUUCUACAUAUCAGGGGGGCUCCUGGAGAAAGCAGAAGAAGUCAUCAGGGCAAUGGAAGUAUAUAUAAAGGAUAAACGGCAUGCCAUCAGAUCUCUUCUUGACCUCUAUGCUGUCCUUGGCAGACCAGAUGAUGUAGCGAGAAUAUGGAAGUCAUGCACUGAACCAAAUUUGGAAGACUACUUGGCUGCAAUUGAGGCUUGGGGUAAACUUGGGUGCAUUGAACAAGUGGAAGAGACAUUUGAAGCGCUGCUAAAGACAUCACCAAAGCUCACUUCCAAGUACUAUAAUGCAAUGCUGAAUGUGUAUGCAGAAAAUAAACUUCUAGCCAAGGGCAAAGAGUUUUUAGAAAGGAUGUUUUUGGCUGGGUGUUCGAACGGCCCUCUAACCUGGGAUGCACUUGUUAAGCUUUAUGUUAAUUCAGGUGAGGUGGAGAAAGCCGACUCGUUUCUGCUGAAUGUGACAGAAGAAAAUCCUGACAGAAGACCCCUUUUCCGCUCAUUCAUCAUUUUACUGAAGGCAUAUGCUGAAAAGGGUGAUAUCCAUAAUGCUGAGAAAAUAUUUGAUAGGUUGAAGCAGAUCAGGCACCCAGGGAGGACACCACCUUAUGGUUUCUUACUUGAAGCUUAUGUCAAUGCCGGGGUUCCAGCCCACGGGUUCAGGGAGAGGAUAAGAGCUGACAAUGUGCGCCCAAGCAAGACAGUGAUAGAACGUUUGAAACUUCUCGACAACUUGCAGAAACAAUAGAGUGAAAUUUCUUUCUUUCAUCUAUUUGUGAUUGAUCACAUCGAACAUUUAUUGUCGAGUUCCACGCAAAGGUGACUUGGAGCGGGUAGACUUUAGGAUACAAGAAUCCACCAUGCUGCUGUUGUCUUUCCGACAUGAAUUUCGUGUUCCGUGGUGUUACAGGAUGAUCAAAGUUUUUGGCGAGCUGCUAUACGUAGCUGGACGCUUUUCUUGAUAGUUUUUUGUGUUAAUAAUGAAGGCAAAUGAAAACAAAUAUUUUUAUGCUGUUUGCUUC